GUUACAAGAACAAGGUCCUGAACUGGCGCGAGGGCAUCGAGAAGGACCUGAAUGAGGUUCUACAGACAGAGACGGUCUUCACCAAUGUCUCCAAGGCCGUGAUUGCGAAAGAGAAAGAUCUGCAAAAGGCUUUUGGCACUCUGGAUUUGCCAGAGAUUUGCAAAAAGAUCUUGAAGGAUGGUGAUGUACAAGUCUCCGACAAAGAACGCGAAGUUCACAUGGAAAGCUUGUUCAAAGACAUCGUGCAGAUCCUGGCAGAGCGUUUGGUUCACACCGAGACGGGUCGGCAGCUGACGCCCGUGGCCACUGAGUCUGCGUUGAAAUCCAUCGGCUUCAGUGUGCAACCAGACCAACCUGCCAAGAAACAGGCCUUGAAGGCGAUGGAAGAGAUACAGAAGAAGCUCUCAGGAAGCUUCUCUCGAGCCAAGAUGAGGGUCAGGAUGACAUUUCCUGACCAUCUCGAAGAAAUCCAUCAGUAUCUCCUAGAGGAUUGCUCUGCCACGAUUGAGAAAUCUGAAGUGGCAACCACAGAGCCUUCGACGCUGGAGGAUGAAAAUGACAAGUCCAAGGCAAAUGCCACCACACCGCCCAAAAGGACUGGCACACUGCGGAGUCUGACCUUCGUUUGCGAUCCAAGCCACUACAGAGAGCUGGACAGACUUGCCACCAAGGUGCAUGCUGGCGAGAAUGUGUCUCUGCAUGUGGUCACGCAGAAUGUGGUGUCCGCCACAACAACAGGCCUCGAGGGCUAUCCCGAGGAGCGGGGACCCGCGCCCGCGACAGCCACGCGGAACGCUGCGCCAAAGCCGGCGCCGAAGAAAGGCAUGAAAUGUUCCUCCUGCAUGGCCGACUUCGAGGAUGCCGGCGACUACCGCUCGCAUUGUCGUUCGGAAUGGCACAACUUUAAUCUCAAACGGAAAGUCAAGGGACUUUCACCCUUGUCGGAGGAUGACUUUGCCGAGCUUGACCUCGACCUCCGUGAGGGCUUCCGGGGCGACUAAUGCGACAAGCGUCGGGUGGGGCAUGGAGCUUCGAAGUUCAUAUCCCAUAGGAUCCAU